AUGACAUGUCCAGUGAAACUGACAUUUCUUUCUAUUACGCAAUAUCUUAGUAAUUACGGAUAUUUGAAAGAGACUAUCGUAUCAUUCCUUGCAAAUGCUCCAUCAACUGAAGCCAUCGUACGACUCAAUUCAGUAACUAUUAGCAAUGCUCUCAAACGAUUUCAAAAAUUUGCGGGUUUGAAACCUACCGGUAAAUUGGAUGCAGUAACUGGAAAAAAAAUUCAACAAAAGCGUUGUGGUCGUCCAGAUGUACUAGCAUUACAAAAACGAGGUAAAUAUAAAUGGAAAAAGAAUGAUUUAACUUAUUCAAUUGAAUCGCUAGCAGAUGACUUAUCUGAACGUGAAGUGAGAGAUGCAAUUCGGAAGGCAUGUGAUACAUGGUCAGCAGUGAUACCCAUAACCUUAAAUGAAAUAUCCAAAAAGGCUGAUAUAACAGUUGCUUUUGCACGACGUAUGCAUGGUGAUCCAUGGCCAUUUGAUGGACAAGGAGGUGUAUUGGCACAUGCAACACUACCAUCUUCCGGUAUUCUUCAUUUUGAUUCAGACGAGAAAUGGGUAUAUAUGAAUCCAAAAGCUAUUUCAAGCUAUGAUAGCACGGAUGUAUUGCAAGUAGCGGUUCAUGAAAUUGGACAUGUUUUGGGCCUUGAACAUUCCUCCGAUUCUGAUUCUAUUAUGGCACCAUUUUAUCAAGAAAUAAUGGACAAUAAUGGAAAUUACAUUAUGCCUAAAUUAUCCGUAUCUGAUGUUAAAAAUAUACAACAUCUUUAUGGAGUAAAUGAUAAACAAUCAAAAUCACGAAGUUCACGAACAGAAUAUGGUUCUGAUUCUGAAGCUGAUCCAACAUCAAAUGGUAAUAGUAAUUCAAACAGUGAUAAGAAAAUUGAUAUUAAUUGUCCAGAUGAAGUUGAUGGUAUCAUUACAACAAAUGGUUCAAAUUAUUUGUUCAGCAAUAACAAAGUAUAUCAAUUUGAUCAAGCAGGUAUUAUAAAGGAAUAUUCCUUAAAAAAUCUUUUUCCAAAUGGACCACCGUUUGUUCAAGGUGCGCUAUCAAAUCCACGUACUGAUAAAACGCUUCUAUUCUAUGAAAAAAUGGUUUUCUCAUAUCACUUGGAUAGGAGCACAAAGAAAUUUGUAUUAGAACCAAAUUAUCCGAAGAAAUUACCAGUUGCUCUAAAUUUCAAACCGAUGGGUGCAUUUUUAUGGCAUGAAGGAUCACAGGGUAAUCAUUUUGCAACAUAUGAUGAGAAUUGGAAUCAUAUCACUUUACAAAAUGAUGUGAUAAAUUAUUUUGAUAACUUUCCAGCAAAACCAAUUCGAGGUGUAAUUAUUCGACGAGUGAAAGUGCUAUUAUUUGGUGAUAAAGAAGUUCAUAAAUAUGAUAUAAAAGAUAAGAGAGUGAUUGGGAAGGCUAUAUCAUUAAACAGAUUUCUUCAUUGCUAA